AAUUUUGAUUGCCGAAACCACAUCCGAGUCAUCCAGUCGAUCGGUGACGGUAGCCGAAUAUACAUUUGCGGCACAAACGCGCACAAUCCAAAGGAUUACGUGAUCUACUCCAAUCUGACACAUCUUCCCAGACACGAGUACGUGCCCGGCGUGGGUCUGGGCACGGCCAAAUGUCCGUACGACCCGCUAGACAACUCGACGGCCAUUUGGUCAGAAAAGGGCAAUCCGGGACAAUUGCCGGCUCUGUACAGUGGCACAAACGCCGAGUUCACUAAAGCGGACACAGUUAUUUUCCGGACGGACCUGUACAACUUGACCUCGGGACGUAAGGAGUUCGCGUUCAAGAGGACGCUCAAAUACGACUCCAACUGGCUAGACAAACCUGACUUUGUGGGCUCCUACGACAUCGGCCAAUACGUAUUCUUCUUCUUCCGCGAGACCGCCGUCGAGUACAUCAACUGCGGCAAGAGCAUAUUCUCCCGCGUGGCCAGGGUUUGCAAGAAGGACACGGGUGGCAAGAGCAUACUCAGCCACAACUGGGCCACGUACCUCAAGGCCCGGCUCAACUGUUCCAUACCGGGAGAAUAUCCGUUUUACUUCAACGAAAUCCAGAGCAUUUACAAGGUGCCGGACGAUGAUACACUCUUCUACGGCGUGUUUACCACGUCCACUACCGGACUGAUGGGCUCGGCCAUUUGUACUUUCCGGCUAGAGGACAUCGAUCACGCGUUCGCGGGCCGAUUCAAGGAACAAGCCAGCUCCACGUCGGCUUGGCUCCCGGUACUGUCUACCAAGGUACCGGAACCCAGGCCCGGACAGUGCGUCAACGACACGGAGACUUUGCCAGAUUCCGUAUUGAAUUUCAUCCGCAGUCACCCUCUCAUGGACGAGGCGGUGGCGCACAAAGACAACGAACCGGUGUUCUACAUGCGUGACUUGUUCUUCACGCGUCUGGUAGUAGACGUUCUCGAUUACGUCGUGUUCGGAAAUCAUCUACACUACACUGUCUAUUACGCCGCUACCAACGAAGGCCGCGUUUACAAAGUGGUGCAGUGGUAUAACGACGAAGGUGUACCCGGAUCUGCUCUCCUGGACAUAUUCGACAUYAUGCCCGGUCUGCCCAUCACGGCAAUGGAAAUAUCCAGAAAGGUUUGUUUUAUCAUUUUUGCACAUAUUAUUAUUUAAGUGACCUUUGUUAUUUUUCAUCCCCUCCCCAGC